AUGGCAGUCGGCGCAGCAACAGCAAGAUAUACCGCCUGGGACCCGCGAGGAUGGUCAUUAACAAAGAGGGUCUCCGCCGCAGUCGGUGCUGUUGUGAUCAUCGUUGCUGUCAUUGUGGGUGCUGUGCUCGGUGUGCGGGCCAAUCGCUACCCCAGUUAUACCAAACUCGACUACAGGCUGGUAGAGACCUAUUCUGGGUCUAGUUUCUUCAAUAAGUUUUAUUAUGCUACCUCUGACCCGGCGGGUGGAUUUGUCCAGUACAUUGACCGAGCUGCAUCUGAAUGGCUCAAUUUGACAUAUGCCACGGACACAUCAGCUGUGCUCAAGGUGGACACAACUUAUAAUGGGCCAGAACAGGUAGCCGAUGGCCGCCAAUCCGUCAGGAUCACAUCUAAUAAUACCUAUGCUGAUGGGCUCUUCGUUUUCGAUAUUUUGCACACCCCUUACGCAUGUGGUAUAUGGCCAGCUCUGUGGCUCACAGACCCAAGUAACUGGCCAGCUCAUGGCGAGAUCGAUGUCAUGGAAGCUGUAAAUAUGGGUGAAUGGGGCAACCAGGCAACUCUUCACACGUCAAGUGGCUGCAAUAUGGGCGUGAAGCGGAAGGAGACUGGUACUGCGCUGUACAAAACCUGCUACUGGGACGCGAAUGACGAAUCAGGAUGUGGUGUGAGAGGGGCCAAAGCCACAUACGGUCCCGAAUUUAAUUCACAGGGUGGUGGAGUCUAUGCGAUGGAGCUGCGUGAUGCGGGCAUUCGAGUGUGGCAUUGGGUUCGCGCUGAUAUCCCAUCCGAUAUUAUUUCAGGGAGCCCCGAUCCUUCCACUUGGGGUAAAGCAUACGCAGAUUUCCCGAGUACGGAGUGCAACAUCGGGAAUCAUUUCAAAAACCAGAGCAUCAUUGCCAACAUCGAUUUUUGCGGAGGCUGGGCAUCCGCGACGGAGUACUAUACCACACAGAGCGGCUGUCCAGACAGCUGCGAGACCUUUGUGAUGGAUAACGCAUCCAAUUUUACGACGGCAUACUGGGAGUUCAAGAGUUUCAAGGUUUACCAAGCAAGCACAUAA